CACGCAGAAACUUUGGGCCAAGUCCUGUGUACUGUACCACUUGGAAUAUUCAAAGCAAUUUCUCAAUCUCUGUUAAUCUUAUCAUUAUUAUUACUUCCUGCAAUUUUCGCCUGUAUUUUCUUGGCAACUCCAAAAUAUCAUGUAUCUCGAGGUUGGGUCUUCAUUUUUACCAUUUGUUUUUUUUCUGGUACAGUCAACAAACCUUUUGAUUCUUUGAGUUGGGCUAUCAAAAUUUUCCAAUUUUUGCCAAGACUUUGUAGCAAUCCUUAAUCAGGUUUCGUGAGGCAAGAUGAAGCUAAGUGAAGGCUUUUCCUCCUGUGGAAUUAUUACUUGAUAGAUUGACUGUGGACUUCCUAGAUUGAAUCACAUGGGAUGGGAUAGCCUUAACUCUGGUCCUUGAGAGUUUUUCCAGGGUGAAAACAUGGUGCCAGAUGUGAUUGGUGGUCCUUUUGCAGAUCUCCUCUCUUCAACUAUAGAGUGCAUCCUUGAAAUAGUACUUACUUCCAAGAAUGUCUUUAUAGAGAGAAAGAGUUUUGCAGAACUUUCGGCUUAUUUGAAUCGUAUUGUUCCUUUUCUUAAGGAGAUCAAUAGGAAGAAUAUUAAUGAUUCCACACCCUGGGAAAAUGUUAUAGAAAUUCUUAACCGACAGACAGUGGAUGCAAGAAAACUUAUCUCGGAAUGCAGUAAGAUAAACAAGGUCUAUCUCUUAAUGAAUUGUCGGCUUAUUGCAAAGCGCAUUGAAAAUAUCACCAGGGAAAUUAGCCGUGCAUUAAGUUGCAUUCCUUUAGCUUCUCUUGACAUUUGUUCGGGUAUAAAGGAGGAGAUUGUCCAGCUGAUUGAUAGUAUGCGUACAGCGGAAUUUAGAACAGCCAUAGCUGAAGAAGAGAUAUUAGAGAAGAUAGACUCAGGUAUACAUCAGAGAAAUGUUGAUCGAUCCUAUGCCAACAAGUUGUUAGUUUCAAUUGCUGAGGCCAUUGGAGUUUCAACUGAAAGCUCAGCUUUAAGGAGAGAAUUUGAAGAAUUCAAAAAUGAAAUAGAGAAUGCACGGCUAAGGAAAGAUCAUGCUGAAGCCUUGCAGAUGGACCAAAUAAUUGCUCUGCUAGAAAGGGCAGAUGCUGCAACAUCCCGUCAGGAAAAAGAAAAGAAGUACUUCACAAAGAGGAAAUCAUUGGGCAGUCAACCUUUGGAACCACUUCUGUCAUUCUAUUGCCCAAUCACUCAUGAGGUUAUGACUGAUCCUGUGGAGACUCCUUCAGGGCAUACUUUUGAAAGGUGUGCAAUAGAGAAGUGGUUGGCAGAGGGAAAUUUGUGUCCUGUGACAUCUACACCUUUGAACAAUACAAUGAUGCGACCGAAUAAAACUCUGCGGCAGUCAAUUGAGGAAUGGAAAGACCGAAAUACAAUGAUCACUAUAGCUAACAUGAAAUUGGAACUAUCAUCCACCAAGGAGGAAGAAGUUCUCAAUUGCCUGGAACAGCUAAGGGAUAUUUGUGAGCAGAGAGAAAUACACCGAGAAUGGGUUAUUUUGGAGGACUAUAUUCCUAUUCUAAUCAAGCUACUGGAUUUGAAAAGUAGGGAUAUCAGGAAUCUUGUUCUUGAGGUGCUCUGCGUACUUGCAAAGGAUGGUAAUGAUGCUAAGGAAAGAAUUGCUGAAGUUGAUAAUGCAUUGGAAUCUAUUGUUCACUCACUUGGACGUCGCAUUGGUGAAAGGAAGUCAGCAGUAGCAUUAUUACUGGAAUUGUCAAAUUGCAAGUCAGUUCAGGAGUCCAUUGGGAAGGUUCAAGGUUGCAUACUUCUUUUAGUUACUAUGUCAAGCUGUGAUGACAACAAAGCCGCCAAAGAUGCAAGGGAUGUUUUGGAGAACAUUUCAUUUUCUGAUGACAAUGUUAUCCUGAUGGCCAAGGCUAACUAUUUCAAGUACUUGUUGCAACGUCUUUCUUCUGGAUCCAGUGAUGUGAAGCUCCUAAUGGCAAAAGCCUUAGGAGAGAUGGAGUUGACGGAUCAUAAUAAGUCAUCUCUAUUUGAGGAGGGAGUUCUAGAUUCCCUUCUUUCCUUGUUGUCACAUGGUGAAACUGAAGUGAAACAAGCAUGUGUGAAAGCCCUUCUAAACCUCUCUAGUUUACCAAGGAAUGGACAGGAGAUGAUCAGAAAAGGUGUUAUGCGUCCACUGCUUGAUAUGUUGUACCGUCACACAUCUUCCCAAAGUCUGCGGGAACUUGUAGCAGCGACUAUUACAAAACUUGCCUUCUCUGCAAGCAGUGAAAUGCUUUCACUGCUUGAUGCUGAUGAAGACGUUUAUAAACUCUUUUCCCUAGUUAACUUGAAUGGCCCAGCUGUGCAGCAAAGCAUACUCCAGGCUUUCUGCGCCAUGUGCAAGUCUCCAUCUGCUGCUAGUGUCAAGACCAAGCUAGCACAGUGCUCAGCUGUCCAAGUGCUUGUGCAAUUCUGUGAUCAUGGCAAUUCAAAUGUACAGUCAGAUGCAAUCAAAUUAUUAUGUUGCUUGAUUGAAAAUGGCAAUGGAGCUGUGAUCAAGGAGUACGUGGAUCAAAACUUCAUUGAAAUGCUACUUAAGAUCAUUAAGACUGCGCAGGAUGAAGACGAAAUUGUUUCUGCAAUGGGGAUUAUCUCUAACCUUCCCAAAUCUCCUCAAAUCUCUGAGUGGCUUUUUGCAGCAGAAGGACUUCCAGUCUUUUCCAGAUUUCUUGAUGAGGUAAAGCAUAAGAGUUCCUGUAAGCUUCAGCUGGUAGAAAAUGCUGUCGGGGCAUUAUGUCAUUUCACAGUCUCAAUAAACCAGCAAACACGGAGGAUAGCUGGCAUUGUUCCCAAGCUGGUACGACUGCUAGACCUGGGAACAAGCUUGACGAAAAAACGAGCUGCAAUUUGUCUUGCACAGCUUUCAGAGAAUUCACAAGCACUGACUCAUCCAAUCCCAAAGCGUCCGGGGUUAUGGUGCUUCUCACCUUCACAGGUAGAACUUUGCCCUAUUCACCAAGGGAUAUGCACACUAAAAAUUUCAUUUUGUUUGUUAGAGGCUGGCGCAGUGGGACCUCUGGUGAGGGUUCUUGGGGAUCCAGAUCCUGGAGCCUGUGAAGCUUCUUUAGAUGCCUUAUUGACUUUAAUUAAGGAUGAAAAACUUCAAAGUGGUGCUAAAGUUCUUGCUGAAGAAAAUGCCAUACCAUCAAUGAUAAAACUACUUGAUAGUCCUUCCCCUAGACUGCAACAAAAGGUUCUGAAUUCAUUAGAAAGACUUUUUAGGUUGGUGGAAUACAAGGUGACGUAUGGAUCCUCUGCUCAGAGGCCUUUAGUUGACUUGACACAACGAGGAAGUAGCAACAUCAAAUCUGUAGCAGCAAAGGUACUUGCUCAGUUGAAUGUGCUUCAUGACCAGUCCUCUUAUUUCUAACAGUUGAGCCAUGAUCCUUGAGGGCAUUGGUUACAGUUAGGUUGCAAGUAGAGCAAGAUAUAUCCUACCUAGGCAUAGAACCCCAGCUUUAUGAGAAAGAACCUCAGUUUGGAAGGCAUGAGCUUGAGUUAGUGAAGAUUGCAAGGUAGCUCUUGUUUUAGUGAAAUGCAAAGCCCUUGCAUCUGAUAUCUUGUGGUGCUUUCUGGCAAUCGCGGUGAACAUUCAGGAACCGCGGGUAACAUAAUUUUUGUUUCUUUUGAAAUUCUUGCAUUCUUAGGGUUGAGUAACAAUCAAAUACUUCAGGUUUUGAUUCUUUAUCUUUGAUAAAACCUGAUUUAUGUUUAUGUGGGAAACAAGCAAUUUGGGCUGACCUCCCCAUGACAGAGUGGUUACUCAAGUCCUUUGUUGUAAAAUAUGUCGGAAUUCUUUAGUCAUUCAAGUCAUAGCCAAUUGUUUCAGCUGUAAUAUAUUCUGAAUUCUUUACUGAUGAAAGUAAUAGCUUAUUGAUUCUUUUGUUUCUUCUUA